AUGGAUGCGCGCGGGGGCGGCGGGCGGCCGGGCGAUAGUCGCGCGACCCCUGCGCCGGGGCCGCCGCCACCACCGCCGCCGCGCCCCCCUCAGCCUCAGCCACCACCCGCGCCACCCCCGAAUCACGACCCCUCGCACCCGGAGUCGGCGGACGAGCCCGGCCCGCGCGCCCGGCUCUGCAGCCGCGACAGCUCCUGCACUCCUGGCGCGGCCAAGGGCGGCGCGAAUGGCGAGUGCGGGCGCGGGGAGCCGCAGUGCAGCCCCGAGGGCCCCGCGCGCGGCCCCAAGGUUUCGUUCUCAUGUCGCGGGGCGGCCUCGGGGCCCGCGGCGGCCGAGGAGGCGGGCAGCGAGGAGGCGGGCCCGGCGGGUGAGCCGCGCGGCAGCCAGGCCAGCUUCCUGCAGCGCCAAUUCGGGGCGCUCCUGCAGCCGGGCGUCAACAAGUUCUCCCUGCGGAUGUUUGGCAGCCAGAAGGCCGUGGAGCGCGAACAGGAACGCGUGAAGUCGGCGGGGGCCUGGAUCAUCCACCCCUACAGCGACUUCAGGUUCUACUGGGACUUCACCAUGCUGUUGUUCAUGGUGGGAAAUCUCAUCAUCAUCCCUGUGGGCAUCACUUUCUUCAAGGACGAGACCACGGCGCCCUGGAUCGUCUUCAACGUGGUCUCGGACACUUUCUUCCUCAUGGACUUGGUGCUGAACUUCCGCACCGGCAUUGUUAUUGAGGACAACACGGAGAUCAUCCUGGACCCCGAAAAGAUAAAGAAAAAGUACCUGCGUACGUGGUUCGUGGUAGACUUCGUGUCAUCCAUCCCGGUGGACUACAUCUUCCUCAUCGUGGAGAAGGGAAUCGACUCCGAGGUCUACAAGACGGCCCGUGCACUACGCAUCGUGCGUUUCACCAAGAUCCUCAGUCUGCUGCGGUUGCUGCGGCUAUCCCGGCUCAUCCGAUAUAUCCACCAAUGGGAGGAGAUUUUCCACAUGACCUACGACCUGGCAAGCGCGGUGAUGCGCAUCUGUAACCUGAUCAGCAUGAUGCUGCUGCUCUGCCACUGGGACGGCUGCCUGCAGUUCCUGGUGCCCAUGCUGCAAGACUUCCCCAGCGACUGCUGGGUGUCCAUCAACAAAAUGGUGAACCACUCGUGGAGCGAACUCUAUUCGUUCGCGCUCUUCAAGGCCAUGAGCCACAUGCUCUGUAUUGGCUACGGGCGGCAGGCUCCCGAGAGCAUGACGGACAUCUGGCUCACCAUGCUCAGCAUGAUCGUGGGCGCCACCUGCUACGCUAUGUUCAUUGGGCACGCCACGGCGCUUAUCCAGUCCCUGGACUCGUCACGGCGCCAGUACCAGGAGAAGUACAAGCAAGUGGAGCAGUACAUGUCCUUCCACAAACUGCCGGCUGACUUCCGCCAGAAGAUCCACGAUUACUAUGAACACCGGUACCAGGGGAAGAUGUUUGACGAGGACAGCAUCCUGGGGGAACUCAACGGCCCACUUCGUGAGGAGAUUGUGAACUUCAACUGCCGGAAGCUGGUGGCUUCCAUGCCGUUGUUUGCCAAUGCAGACCCCAACUUCGUCACAGCCAUGCUGACAAAGCUCAAAUUUGAGGUCUUCCAGCCUGGAGACUACAUCAUCCGAGAGGGGACCAUCGGGAAGAAGAUGUACUUCAUCCAGCACGGGGUGGUGAGCGUGCUCACCAAGGGCAACAAAGAGAUGAAGCUGUCAGAUGGCUCCUAUUUUGGGGAGAUCUGUCUGCUCACGAGGGGCCGGCGCACAGCCAGUGUGCGGGCUGACACCUACUGUCGCCUCUACUCACUGAGCGUGGACAACUUCAACGAGGUGCUGGAGGAGUACCCCAUGAUGCGGCGUGCCUUUGAGACCGUGGCCAUUGACCGCCUGGACCGCAUAGGCAAGAAGAACUCCAUCUUGCUACACAAGGUUCAGCAUGAUCUCAGCUCGGGUGUGUUCAACAACCAGGAGAACGCCAUCAUCCAGGAGAUUGUCAAAUAUGACCGUGAGAUGGUGCAGCAGGCAGAGCUGGGCCAGCGUGUGGGGCUCUUCCCACCACCGCCACCACCGCAGGUCACGUCGGCCAUCGCCACGCUGCAGCAGGCCGUGGCCAUGAGCUUCUGCCCACAGGUGGCCCGCCCGCUCGUGGGGCCCCUGGCGCUAGGGUCCCCACGCCUCGUGCGCCGCGCGCCCCCAGGGCCUCUGCCUCCUGCAGCCUCACCAGGGCCACCCGCAGCGAGCCCCCCGGCUGCACCCUCGAGCCCUCGGGCACCGCGGACCUCACCCUACGGUGUGCCUGGCUCUCCGGCAACGCGUGUGGGGCCCGCAUUGCCCGCACGCCGCCUGAGCCGCGCCUCGCGCCCACUGUCCGCCUCGCAGCCCUCGCUGCCCCACGGCGCGCCCGCGCCCAGCCCCGCGGCCUCUGCGCGCCCGGCCAGCAGCUCCACCCCGCGUCUGGGACCCGCACCCACCACCCGGACCGCGGCACCCAGUCCGGACCGCAGGGACUCAGCCUCGCCGGGCGCUGCCAGUGGCCUCGACCCACUGGACUCUGCGCGCUCGCGCCUCUCUUCCAACUUGUGA